UCGUGGGAAUAUGGCGGCGCAUUAGAACAUGCCACAGUGAUGCAGUUAACGCGCAACGAGAUCGUUCGUAUCAAGUGACCAAAGAAACCGUGGCCUCGCACGCUAAAAAUCCGUCUGGCCAAAUGACAUGGGAAUUUGUAAUCGAAGGCAUUUCCUAUUGACAAUAUGCAUCUUACAACUCAUCACUACAGUAGAACGUCAGGUCUUCGACUUUCUGGGCUUUAUGUGGGCCCCGAUACUGGUCAAUUUCUUUAACAUUAUAUUUGUAAUCUUAGGAUUUUUUGGAGCUUUUCAAUAUAGACCAAAAUAUAUUAUAUCUUACUGUAUAUGGAAUACACUGUGGUUGGGAUGGAAUAUAUUUAUGAUAUGUUUCUAUCUUAAUGUAGGUGUAUUGGAUAAAAAUAGUGAUAUUUUAAAUCUUGGUACUGGUAGUUUUUCUUGGUGGCAUGUCAAUGGACCAGGUUGCAAAGCUAUUUAUGAUGUUACUGAACCAGAAUUAUUUCGACCUGCCCGACCUACAAAUGUAACAGAUUGUGUACUAGAUUAUGAAAUAGUUGAAAUUUUACACGCAUCUACUCAAUGCAUCUUAGGUUUUAUUGCAAUAGUUGGUGGUAUUUAUCUAAGUAAAGUUUUUUUGGAGGAAGAUGAUAGCUUUGACUUUGUGGGAGGUGAUGACUUUGGGUUGGCAGGCCACACGCCGUUGCAUCCUAUGUACGUUAGCUACUCGGCUCUUCCAUCACCUGCCCACCCUCACAAAAAUUCCGCUCAAAAUUACCCCGCAGGCACAGCUAGCUCUCAUCAAUCCGUUUGUCACGAUACCAGCUUCCCAAAACAUAACGAUAAAACGUUUAACAGCUCUGGACGAAGUAAAUGUAGCUUCAGAAACGACACGAUCAAAACUGAUCGAACCAAUCUGUCCAAUCGCGACUUGAAGUACGUUGAUUACUCGAACGACUAUUCGAAUCCGUUGGAUCAUUUGCAAAGGCCUGUGUCCCCUUAUGACGAGUACGAUUCGUUGGACAGUGCCGCUAAAUUAAAAUAUCAAAAAAACAAAUUGUAUUAUCCGCACUCGUCCAAGUAUAGUCCCGUUGCAUCACCGUGUGUCAAGUCUCGACCUGCCGCUGCAAAGCAAAAUAAAGCCUCCAACAAGCCUAGAGUCUUUAUCGAUCAUGUUCGCGAACAGCCGAUGAGGUCGUUUUAUUCUGAUCCGAGAUUGGCAAUUGAAAAUCAACAGAAUGUGAAUGACCAAGAGAAACAGAAUAGGUCUAAAAGAGACAGUAGACCUUUAUCUUUAUAUGCCAGUAAUUUUUAGAUUGUUAGGAAUCAGAGAAAUAUCGUAGUUAUUAUUUUAUUUUAUUUUAUUAUUUUUUUUUAUAUAUAUCAAUUGAUUCGAGGUUCGACUCGUUUUAAAAAUAUUUUUAGAAAAUUAAUAUAUACUUAAUUAAUAUAUUUUAAACCUAAGUAACUAUCUUAAUUAUAUGUCAUAAUUUUUCUACAUAUUACACGUUCGUACGAUAUUAUUUUUCGCAAAAUUUUUAAUUUGUGACGAUUUCUUUUUAAAAUGUAUCGAGAAAAGAUUUUUUUUCUUUUCAUCACUAUUGCGAAGUAGGACGCGUAUUAUGUCGGCCUCAAAUCGAUUAGAAGAACAUAUGGACUGAGGUUAUGUCUAUUUUUUUUUUUUUCUUUCUUUAGCGAAUUCGAAGAUGUAACAUAGAAUUCCUAUCCUUGCCAAAUAGAUAGAACGAUUAGAGAGUAGUUAGUUUAGGGUGCUUUCUCCGAUUUGAUUGAUUUCUUCUCGUUUAGUCUAAAGAGAAUAUUUUUUUUAAAUCAGUUUUUAACAUCACAGUAACGCGUAAUAAUUUUUACUAUUUCUCUUUUUUAAUAUAUUUCGAUCACGUUUUCCUCUAACGUGAAAUAUAUAUAUAUAUAUAUAAUGUGUGUUCAGUAGCAUUUGCUUUGUUCGUGUUCAUAUUAAUUCUUUUUUUUUUCUUUUUUUUUUAUUUUUUAACUUUACAUUUGCUCAUAGAUAUUUCAUAGAUAUACGAUUUUUAUCGUAUUCGUAACAAUGCAUUUUUAUAUCGAUACAUGCACUGUGAUACGUAUAUAGAAUAUUAUAUAUGAAUCGUGUUAUUUGAAAUUUGUUUUAUUCGAGCUUUUUUUAUAUAUAUAUAUAUAUCGUUAAUCGUGUAACUUUUGAAAAGUUGUGUUCGAUGGAAGAGUUUUUUGAUAUUGACAUGACGAAAUAUUGCAUUUUAAAAGUAAAAUAUAUAUAGCAUGAAUGGAUGAUACGAUUUAUGUCAUGUAAAAUUUUCACGAAUACAAUAGUAGAGUUGUUCUUUUUCUUUUUCAAUAUAUCUAUUUUUUUUCUCUCUCUCUCUCUCUCGUUACACGAAUGGUACUUAUUAAGAAUUUCUUUAAUGAUGCGCGGUAGCCUGGCUUAUAAGAAAUAGCAUCUUUCGAUAGAAAUCUUUAGACUGCAUUGAAAUUAGCUUGUAGUAUUCGCGACACGAUGAAGAACUUUGUUUACGAUACUUUAUAUGUAAGGUGCUGCGAAACAUUUCUUCAUUUCAACGAAUGUGUCUGAGUGUUUGGUAAAUGCAUGCUAGUACUUGUUUUUUUCUUUUUUUUUUUUUUCCUAAGUUCGAAGUUUUUAUUUUAUAUUUUCUCCAUUUCUUUUCGACGAUCGCGUACGUUUUUUUUUUUUCUUUUUUGCAUAUUUAUGAGAAUAUGGAAUUGAAAAUUUGUAAGAUAUCGCGUAUACGAAAUAUACUUCUGACAUUCCAUGGAUCGAUUAACGAAGGAUGUUUAACAUCGAAGUGAUGAAGUGAAUUCUGAAGUGACAAAAAAAAAAAAAAAAAGAAGAAGAAGAAGAAGAAAGGAUCUUUUACGGACAAUCUUUAUUAAAAUUAAAAUAUAUUUUAGAAUAUUUUGAUAAUUUGAUAGUUCAAGAUUCGUUCGAAGAUAAAAAGUCCAAUUACGAAAGUGAUGAGUAAAAGAAAUUUUACGAGCUAUUCAAAGAUCGCGUUGAAGCGAAAAAAGUUCCAGCAGGAAAGAGGGGAAAAAAAAUUCCGCUUAUUCGUCGCUUUACAUUCUUUUAGGCGUAAUAAAACGAAUAUAAAACAUGAUCGAGUAAAACAAACAAAAAAAAAAAAAAAAAAAAAAAAAACAAAAUAUCAAUUUAUUAUCUGUUUAUAAAUGAUUUGAUCGACUUAUUAAUGUUAUAGAUCGCGCUUUGCGCACAAUGAUCGAUCGAUGAAUAUUUAAUGCGAUCCGAUAA